UACAUUCAACCGAACAAUUCUAAAAACGGAAAAAGUUUAAAGAUCUACCGUAUAAAAUACUAAAAAUAUCCUGUCAACCACCAACAUAUUUGCGAUCGAUCCCUUAUAUAUGGCUACAACACUAUUGUUGAACAGGAAAUUUUGACCAAUUAAAUCACGCCACGUCAUCACAGCAAAAUUGAGAUAAUUAUAAUUUGAUUGGAUUUAGGUAGUCAAGUUUUCUCAUACCCAACCUAGUUCAAGGCCCUAAAAAAAAUUGGGCCAAAGAAAUAAUGGACCCGAGCUUGCGCAAAUAAGUGGGUCGAGUUCGAGCCCACCAAGCAAAUGGAUCCAAGCCCAAACCGAUCGAGCAAAUGGGUCCGAGCCUAAGCCUGUCAAGAAAACAGGUCCAAGCUCAAGCCCAACAAGCAGAUGGGUCCAAGCCCAAACCCAACAAGCAGAUGGGCCCAGGCCUAAGCCCGCCCAACAAGCAAAUGGGCCCAGGCCUAAGCCCGCCCAACAAGCAAAUGGGCCCAAGCCCACCUAAAGCCCAUCGAGAUUCUCUAUAAAUAGAGACCUUCUCAUUCAUCUUGGGGGACCUUUGAUUGAAGAGAAGAAUCGAAGCUCUGAAGAAUUGAAGACAAAAACUUCUGAAGACUCUCAAGACGUGCAAGUUAUCAUCAACCUCAAAAAUCAACCUUCUGAAAGAUCGAAGACUUGGAAGAUCAAACUUUCCUUGAAUUCCAGAAGAUUGAAGCUUGAAUUGACUUGUAGUUACAACUUCUUGAAGAUCAAAGACCACGAAGUUUUAAAUUUUACUUUUUGUAUUCGAGAGAAAGAAUCAAAGGAGUAAAUAUUAGAGAUUGUAUCCACAAUACUUAAAUCAAUACAAAGUUCGAUUCCACGAAUUAAAUUUCUCCUGAAAUCUCGUGUGAACAAUUUGGCACGCCCAGUGGGACCAUCUCUACCUUUCAUCUCUUUCUCUUUUCGAAGAACAUCCAAAGAAAAUCAUGACAUCUCAAGGCAACACUUCCAAAGCUCUCAGUGACAUCGGCAAACGGCCAAACACCCGUAGCCGCUCAAGGGAGAUUCAGUCAUCUGAAGAUAUGCCUCCUUUUGAAGUUGCAAAGAAUAUUUGGGAGCAAAUCUCUAAGCCACCAAAAGGUGGAAUUGUAAUCAAAGAGAAUCCGGCGGUUGAUGAACACAACUCGUUGUCUGAGUGCUCAAACGAGGAGGUUCCACAGCCAAAUAUAAUGUCAGUUAUGGUAACUAACGUGGAUACAAGUGAAAAUAGAAUGGCAGAGCUUGAAAAGAAGGUGAACAUGCUCAUGAAGGUGGUGGAAGAAAGGGAUUAUGAGAUUGCAUUUCUAAAGAAUCACAUUGAAAGUUGUGAUGCUGCUGAAUCAAGUCAUAAACAUACUGUCAAGAAUACUGACAAAGGGAAGGCAGUUAUGCAAGAAAGUCAACCACAAAAUUCGACCUCAAUUGCAUCGUUGUCUGUUCAACAAUUACAGGAGAUGAUUGCAAGCUCCAUCAAAACGCAAUAUGGUGGACCUGCUCAAACUUUCUCCUUGUACUCCAAACCAUAUACGAAGAGGAUCGACAAUCUCAGAAUGCCGAAUGGAUACCAACCUCCCAAGUUCCAACAGUUUGAUGGAAAAGGCAACCCAAAACAACAUGUUGCUCACUUCAUCGAAACAUGUGAAACUGCUGGUACGCGAGGAGAUUUAUUGGUCAAACAGUUCGUUCGAACUCUCAAAGGAAAUGCCUUCGACUGGUACAUCGAUCUGGAGCCCGAAUCCAUCGAUAAUUGGGAGCAACUUGAGAGGGACUUUCUCAACCGUUUCUAUAGCACCCGACGUAUCGUCAGCAUGAUGGAGUUGACAAACACAAGACAACAAAAGGGAGAACUAGUCAUCGACUACAUCAACCGAUGGAGAGCUCUGAGUCUUGACUGUAAGGAUCGACUCACCGAACUGUCUGCAGUGGAGAUGUGCACCCAAGACAUGCAUUGGGGACUUCUUUAUAUUUUACAGGGAAUAAAACCUCGCACGUUUGAAGAGUUGGCGACUCGUGCCCAUGAUAUGGAAUUGAGUAUCGCCAAUAGAGGAGCAAAAGAUUUCUUGAUUCCAAAAUCGAGGAGUGACAAGAAUGAACUUGAUGACACUAAAAAGAUUGCAAAUAGUGUCAUAAAAGAGUCAAUGGUUAUUCAUGCAACUCCUUUGAAAUCUUUCUCUAAAAGAAAAGAAACAAAAAUUGAAAGAAAGCAUGAUGGCGAUGAAAAGCGACAGUCAACUCUUAAAGAAAGACAGGAAAAAGUUUAUCCAUUUCCUGACUCUGAUGUUGCAGACAUGUUAGAGCAGUUGCUAGAGAACCAACUUAUUCAACUGCCAGAAUGCAAACGACCAGAACAAGCAGGAAAAGUAGAUGAUCCUAACUACUGCAAGUAUCAUCGGGUCAUUAGUCACCCUGUUGAAAAGUGUUUUGUGUUGAAAGAGCUAAUUCUAAAGUUGGCUCGUGAAAAGAAGAUCGAGCUAGAUAUUGAUGAAGUAACUCAGAUGAAUCAUGUUGCAUCGAGAUGACUUCAAAUGUUCCGCCAUUAACACAACUUGAUGAUCAAAGAAAAAGCUUGAUUUAAUUUGGGACUUCUGCACCUAUACUUGUUCUAUUCCAACAAAGGAUCGUGGCGAUAAACUCCCAAAAUAAAGAAGCGCAUGGUAAAGAUGAUGGCGAAGGAUGGAUAACAGUCAUUCGUCAAAAAGGGAGACAACCAAAUUCCAUUCAAAAGGAGUCGCGAUUCCAUCAAAAGUAUGCAAAAGGAAGCAUCUCCUAUAAAAAGAAAGGAAGAAGGAACAAGAAGAUGUGGAAUCCUAAGCCCAUAAAAGGAAAAGAUGAGGACUUCCUCCAACUUCGACGAUCGAUAACUUUGGCAGAAUUCCUCCCAAGAAGUUUCCUUGAGGAUCAUCUAGAAGAAAUACUUGAAGUCACUGCAUGUCAUGCUGCCAGCAUAGUAGAAGUCGACAACAAUUAUGGAUCUUCUAAAGAAGUCAACAAUUCAAAUGAAAUUAAUCAAAGGACCUCUGUCUUUGAUCGUAUCAAGCCUUCAACUACUCGAUCUUCAGUCUUUCAAAGAUUAAGUAUGGCCACGAAAGAAGAGGAAAACCAAUGUCCAACAUUUAUUUACACUCGAACUUCAACUUUCAAAAGGCUGAGUAUCUCCACAUCGAAGAAAGAUCGACCUUCAACAUCUGCUUUUGAUCGUCUAAAGAUGACAAAUGAUCAACAACAAAGAGAGAUGAAAUCUUCGAAGGCAAAACCAUUUCGUGAAGAAAAUGAUGACGAUAAGAUUCACAGUUGUGCCCCGUCACGCAUGAAGAGGAAGUUGUUUGUUGACAUAAAUACAGAAUGUUCCUUGACUGUGAAACCAAGAUUUAUUAUCUUCACCAAUCCUACAAACGAAGGAGAUGAACAAAUUCUUGUUGAAAAUAAAAACUGUUAAAUAUGCAAAGCUCCUUAUCGCAAGAGCUUAAACUGCAUGGUGCUUCUAGCCCACAAGAGCUUAAAAGGUGAAUGGCGGAGGAAAAAAAAUUGAACUACGUUAUGACUUGAUCCCUAUGUUAUAAAAAGGGUACGUAGGCAGCUUAAAAUUCACUUUAAGUUCAGUCGCACGUAAAAAAAAAAAUAUUAUUCUUCAUUGUGAUGAUGUAAGCGCAUAGUAAAUGAUGCGUAAACAGUAUAAAAUGAAAUUUAGGAGCAGUCACACCAGAAUAAGAACAUUCUCAUCACCAUUCAACAAAUUCUUGUAUUUACAAGAAUACAACUAAAGAAAAAAAAAGAAUGAGGGCAAAGGGGGCAAAGUUAAAGCCUCCACUUGAAGUUCUUAAAUUCUUCGCGUGUAGCAUUCAGGCUCUUUUGAACCGUAGCUAGCGCCUCUGUGGCCUCUUUUGAGACAACAGAGAUGUUUAAUUGUUUACCUUCGUAAGGUGCGGUUUCGCCUCUUCUCCAAAAUGUUGACCAGCGAACUCUACUCCUCUUUGAUAUGUUGCAGACAAGGAUCUUUCCAUGUGUUGUGCCCAAGAGGAUCUUCAUCUUCAUCUUCUCCCAUGUAUUGCAGCCGAGAGGAUCUUCAUCUUCAUCAUCUCAAAUAUGUUGCAGCCAAAAAGAUUUUUGUCUCAAGUAUAUUGUAGCCGAGAAAGUCGUCGUCUCAUAUAUAUUGCAGCCGAGGAUGUCGUCGUCUCAAAUAUGUUGCCGCCGAGGAGGUCGUCCCCUCAAAUAUGUUGCAGCUGAGAAGAUUGUUGUUCUUAAAUAUGUUGCAGCAGAGAAGAUCAUCGUCUCAAAUAUGUUACAACCGAGAAAAUCGUCGUCUCAAAUAUGUUGCAGCCAAAAAGAUUUUUAUCUCAAGUAUAUUGUAGCCGAGAAUGUCGUUGUCUCGUGCAACCCAGAAAGUCGUCAUCUCAUAUAUAUUACAGCCGAGGAUGUCGUUGUCUCAAAUAUGUUGUCGCCGAGGAGGUUGUCCCCUCAAAUAUGUUGCAGCUGAGAAGAUUGUCGUUCUUAAAUAUGUUGCAGCUGAGAAGAUCGUCGUCUCAAAUAUGUUACAACCAAGAAGAUCAUCGUCUCAAAUAUGUUGCAGCUGAGAAGAUUAUCGUUCUUAAAUAUGUUGUAGCAGAGAAGAUCAUCGUCUCAAAUAUAUUACAACCGAGAAGAUCGUCUCAAAUACGUUGCAGCCAAAAAGGUCGUCGUCUCAUAUAUGUUGCAGCCGAGGAUGUCGUCGUCUCAAAUAUAUUAUCGUCGAGAAGGUUGUCCCCUAAAAUAUGUUGCAGCUCAGAAGAUUUCCGUUCUUAAAUAUGUUGAAGCAGAGAAGAUCAUCGUCUCAAAUAUGUUACAACCGAGAAGAUCGUCGUCUCAAAUAUGUUGCAGCCAAAAAGAUUUUUGUCUCAAGUAUAUUGUAGCCGAGAAAGUCGUCGUCUCAUAUAUAUUGCAGCCGAGGAUGUCGUCGUCUCAAAUAUGUUGCUGUCGAGAAGGUCGUCCCUUCAAAUAUGUUGCAGCUGGGAGGAUCUUCACCAUCAUCAUCAUCUUCAAUGUGUUGCAACAGAGAGGAUCAUCAUCUUCAUCUUCAAUGUGUUGUAGCGGAGGAAUCAUCAACUUCAUCUUCUCACAAAUGUUGCAGCCGAGAAAAUCAUCAUCUUCAUCUUCUCACAUAUGUUGCAGCCGAGAGGAUCAUCAUCUUCAUCUUCUCAUAUAUGUUGCAGCCGAGAGGAUCAUCAUCAUCAUUUUCAUCUUCUCACAUAUGUUGCAGUCGAGAGGAUCAUCAUCUCAUUUUCAUCUUCUCACAUAUGUUGUAGCCGAGAGGAUCUUCACCAUCAUUUUCAUCUUCUCACAUAUGUUGCAGCCGAGAGGAUCUUCAUCAGCAUGUUCAUCUUCUCACAUAUGUUGCAGCUGAGAGGAUCUUUAUCAUCAUCUUCAUCUCACACAUAUUGCAGUCGAGAGGAUCUUCAUCAUCAUCUUCAUCUCACAUAUGUUGCAGCCGAGAGGAUCUUCAUCAUCAUCUUCAUCUCACAUAUGUUGCAGCCGAGAGGAUCUUCAUCGUCAUCUUCAUCUCACAUAUGUUGCAGCCGAGAGGAUCUUCAUCAUCAUCUUCAUCUCACAUAUGUUGCAGCCGAGAGGAUCUUCAUCAUCAUCUUCAUCUCACAUAUGUUGCAGCCGAGAGGAUCUUCAUCAUCAUCUUCAUCUCACAUAUGUUGCAGCCGAGAGAAUCUUCAUCAUCAUCUUCAUCUCACAAAUGUUGCAGCCGAGAGGAUCUUCAUCAUCAUCUUCAUCUCACAAAUGUUGCAGCCGAGAGGAUCUUCAUCAUCAUCUUCAUCUCACAUAUGUUGCAGCCGAGAGGAUCUUCAUCAUCAUCUUCAUCUCACAUAUGUUGCCGAGAGGAUCUUCAUCAUCAUCUUCAUCUUCAAAGCAGUGCAGCGAAACCAUCAUCAUCUUCAUCUUCAAGGCAGCGCAGCGAAAUCAUCAUCAACUCCAUCUUCAAUGCGGCACACUCGAUAAAUCAUCAUCGUCUAUAGAACAAUCAUCGUCGUCUCCAUGCGGUGUAGUCGAUAGAAAAAUCAUCGUCGUCUCCAUGCGGUGUAGUCGAUAGAAAAAUCAUCGUCGUCUCCAUGCGGUGUAGUCGAUAGAACAAUCAUCGUCGUCUCCAUGCAGUGUAGUCGAUAGAACAAUCAUCGUCGUCUCCAUGCAGUGUAGUCGAUAGAACAAUCAUCGUCGUCUCUCGUCUCUAUGCAGUGUAAUGGAUAGAACAAUCAUCGUCGUCUCCAUGCAGUGUAGUCGAUAGAACAAUCAUCGUCGUCUCCAUGCGGUGUAGUCGAUAGAACAAUCAUCAUCGUCUCCAUGCGGUGUAGUCGAUAGAACAAUCAUCCUCAAAUUUGUUCAAGCGGCAAUCCAUCCUCAAAUUUGUUCAAGCGCAUCAUCUACACACUUCACUCGUAUGAAAAAAGAAUUUGUGGAAAAAAAAAAGGGUUUAGCUUCACUCCUAUGAAAAAGAAGGGUAAGUAAGUAAAAAAAAAAAUUGUUAAAAAACAUUGGGGUAAAAAAAAAUUGCAAAAGAAAAAGUUUGGA